AUGACAGGAGAUGAAUCAAGAUUUCUCUCUCUGACGGCCUAUACAGGAGGAACAGUGACCUUUGGUGAUAACAAGAAAGGCAACAUUGUUGCCGUAGGAAAAGUUGGAAGGUCAAGUUCCCAAGCUAUUGAUAAUGUUUUUUUAGUCGAGGGCCUCAAACACAUCUUAUUAAGCAUAUCACAAUUUUGUGAUAAAGGAAACUCUGUAAGUUUUGAUUCUGAAAAAUGUAGCAUCAUUCAGAAUGACACUGGGAAAGUUUUGCUGGAAGGAACUCGGAAAGGAAACACUUAUACAGUGGAUCUCAAUACAGUUCCGAGGAACAACUUAACUUGCCUCAGUGUCAUUGAGGAUGAUCCUUUACUGUGGCAUAAACGUUUUGGUCAUGCAAGUUUCUCUUUGAUUGAUAAGUUAAGAACAAGGAACUUGGUAGAGGGACUUCCUUCAAUCAAGUUCCUAUGUGACAAAAUUUGUGACGCUUGUGUAAAAGGAAAGCAGGUCAGGACAUCCUUUAAAUCCAAGAAGAUGGUGAGUUCCACGAAACCCUUAGAGUUAAUUCAUAUGGAUUUAUGUGGUCCUAUGAGAAUUCAAAGUAGAAGUGGAAAGAAGUACGUCUUAGUAAUUGUUAAUGAUUAUUCUAGAUUUACAUGGGUUAUUUUUAUGUCUAGUAAGGAUGAGACUUUUGACAAGGAACAAGGCUUAAGUCAUAAUUUCUCAGCUCCAAGAACUCCACAGCAAAAUGGAGUUGUGGAAAGGAAGAACAGAACCUUAGAAGACAUGGCUCGAACCAUGUUAAUAGCCAGCGAUCUUCCAAGGAACUUCUGGGCAGAAGCCGAACAUGAGGACUAUGACUUUGAAAUUGGUCUAGUACGUUCUCAAGAACAAGAAGAAGAUGCAAUAAUUCCAAAUAAGCAGCCAACUCGAGUAAAUGAAAGUCAUGAAAAUCCGGAGAAGGAACUCGACAUACUGACUGAAGUUCCUUCGACAAAACAGCCUCAAAUUGAAGAACCUGCCGAGGAACCAAUAACACAAGAGGAAAUCACUGAAGAAGAAGCAACUGGCUCAGAAAAUAAGAAUAGUCGAGUUACUAUCCAAACCUUCCAGCCCAAACCUUGGAAGCACCAAAAGUCACACCCACUGGACAAAAUUAUUAGUGACUUAUGCAAAGGAACUCAGACUAGAUCGCAAAUGAGGAACUUCUGUGCCUUCAAUGCUUUUCUAUCUACUUUGGAACCUCGCAACCAUAAAGAAGCCUUAGAAGACCCUGACUGGAUUAUAGCCAUGCAAGAGGAACUUAAUGAAUUCAAAAGAAAUCAGAUGGACGUAAAGUGUGCGUUUUUGAAUGGUUUAUUAAAAGAAACAGUUUACGUCAAUCAACCCCCUAGAUUCGAGAAUCCAAACUUUCCAAACCAUGUUUUUAAACUUGAUAAGGCUCUCUACGGGCUAAAACAGGCUCCAAGAGCAUGGUUCCAAUCAAAUCCUAAAGAAUCGCAUCUAACAGCCAUCAAGAGAAUACUGAGAUAUCUCAAAGGAACUGACGACUUGAGUUUAUUCUACCUAAGAAGUGACACAUACGAUCUUUAUGGGUUUGCUGAUGCCGACUAUGCUGGGGACUUGGUAAACAAAAAAAGUACAUCAGUGUUUUGGAAUUACUCUUGCAACAUCCCACCAUAUAUCUCUGAAACAGAAAAUACUUCAGGUGAAAGGGCAUUGUUUGAAUUGAAUCUUAAAGUAGAAAAUGGUGUAACUAUUUUUGUUGGAAAAUCGAGGGAACAAACUGAGGUGGAAUCAAAUAUUGUUGAAGAAGAUGAGGCCAAAAGUGUGGCUGAUCUUUCUGAGGGAGAAGAUGAGUUAGAAGAGGAAGUUGAUGAUGACAUAAAUCCCGUUGAAGUUCCUAACCACCAUGUUCCUUUUCAAAAGAAACUUCUCCAAGUUCCUUAUCCUAACCUACCUAGUUUCUCUCCAUUUGGCUUUACUGCAUUUCGUGAAUAUCUACCCUUGCCCAGACCUGAACAACCUCCACAACACCCAAAGCCUAAGCCUACAUCACUUAGCCUCUUUUGCUAUUUAUAUUGA